GGGGCCCUUGGGGCCUCAAUUUGGAUGAUGCAAUGGAAUCAAUUGCGGCUAUACACAGAUUUGUCAAAAACCUCGUUGCGGCUGUAACACAUCUUCCAAAUCCAAUUAACCAAUCAGACACUGACGACAUCUCUAAUCAACACAUAUAAAGGCAAUCAAGUUGUCGCCUCUCUCUGUUUUAUAUCAACACCAUCAACAACAUCGCCUUCAUGCGCUUUGUGCCUGCAUUCUCACGAUUCAUCUUCUCUCUAUCUACUUUCGCCCGUGUUAAAUCCCCGCAUCAGCUCCGACAACGCGCACUGCAACCUAUUCGCCUGCAAUCUAUGUCUAGCAUUCCCUUCUUGAGUGCCUUAUUCGGUUCAUCAUCUAAGCCCUCAUCCAACAUGACUUAUCCCGACCAGCGAACCGAGGACGAAUGGCGCGCCAUUCUCAACCCAACACAAUUCCGAAUUCUCAGAGAAAAGGGAACUGAAGCUCCCGGCACUGGAGAGUUUGACAAGCACUACCCCAAGGAGGGCGUCUACACCUGCGCUGCAUGCGAUGCGCCGCUCUACAAGGCCACUCAUAAAUUCAACUCGGGCUGCGGCUGGCCAGCCUAUUUCGACAGCGUCCCUGGCGCAGUGACUCGACACGAGGACCGAAGCUUUGGUUCUAUCAGGACGGAAAUCGUCUGCUCCAACUGUGGUGGUCAUUUAGGCCAUGUUUUCAAGGGAGAGGGAUUCUCGACGCCGACGGAUGAGCGCCAUUGCGUGAACAGCAUCAGCUUGAAGUUUUCACCAGAAGACAAGGUCGUUGAGAAGAGCAGCAAGGAUACCCAGGCAUAAUGGCCAAGUGAUGUGAUGGGGUUGCCUGGCGAUGUACACAUAUAAUGGGCGUUUGAAGAUGUUAUGGGCUGUGUAAGCCAAAGUUAAUAGUAACCCGUGUGGAAUUGAAAUAUGAAAACCAUUUUAAAACAAGGCAACUGCACGUGUGGGCAAGAACAUGCUUG